GAAACGAUAAUUCUUUGUCUCUCUGCGACUGCUGUUCGUUUCCUUUCUGGUAUUCUGAUCCAUCUGCUUCUUCCUUUCUUAUUCGCUUUCUGGAACUUCUCUGCAAAUCUUUAUUAACACAGCCUCUCUGGGUCAAUCGCGCAAUCUCAAAUUACAUUGGCUUUCUGUAUGGUGGGUCGGUUUGCUCAUCAAUCUUAGUCCCAAGUUUGCCGUGUAUCAGUAGUUUGGUGUUAAACAUCAAGAUGGGAGCCUGUGCGUCCAAGUCUAAAACUUUGGGAGAUGACGAGUCUGAACAUACUGUUGAGUUCACUGGUGGGAAUGUGAACCUCAUCACCACCAUAGAACAGUGGGAUCGAAAGUUGGCUGAAGCAAAGACAGAUGGCAAAAUGGUGAUUGCAAACUUCAGUGCAACAUGGUGUGGUCCUUGCAAACAGAUCGCUCCCUUAUUUCGCGAGUUAUCUGAGCAAUACACUUCGUUAAUGUUCCUUGUGGUUGAUGUCGAUGAACUUACUGAUUUCAGCACUUCAUGGGAUAUCAAGGCCACUCCUACUUUCUUCUUCCUCCGAGAUGGUCAGCAAGUUGACAAGCUUGUUGGAGCCAACAAGGUAGAGUUGCAAAAGAAGAUAGUUGCCAUUGUAGAUUCAGCCCCAUGUAAGAAAUGACUACUAUACUGGUCCGUUAGUCAUUCAAAGUAUCCUUACAUUUGUUGCAGGUUUCUUGAUAUUAAUGUGUAUUUUUGGUUGCAAGUUCUUGGAUUGUAAAUAAUUAAUUAUGAAUGAGAUCAGAUGAGUUCUGUUGAUAUGAAAUCUCAAGAUCUUUCAUGAGGAUUUUACUAUUGUUAUUUAAACUU